AUGAAUGUUAAAGCUAUUAUAUAUGAAGAUUUACUUCAACAAAUUUCAGAUGGUACAUUUAAAGAAGAAAGAAUAAUGAGUGGUACUUUGGUAAUUGAUAAAGAUCCAGGUCAUGGAGCUGAACUAAAUGUUUCAGUCCUUUCAUUUGAUAAUUAUGCAUUAUUAGCUGAGGCUUAUGUAUUAUAUGAACAUGCUCUUAUAGGUUCGAAAUGGGGCGAUGCAGUUAUAUUAUCUGAAUUUAUAAUUCAUAAUGGAGUUAUAAACAAUAAAACAUUAUAUGGAGAUAUUGGAAAUUUAAUGAUUGAGAGAUCAAAAAACAAUUUAACAAUAUUUGAAAUUUGGCAAAAUACAACAACAAACAGAAAUUUAAAAAAUUAUUAUAAUUUAUUACAAAAGCAAUUAGAAACUCAAUUAAUUGAAAAUUAUAUUGAUAAUUACAAUAAUGUUCAAUAUCUUAAUAAUCAACAACAAAUAUUGAAAUCAGAUAUACUCGAUAACAAAGCAAGAUUGUAA